AUGAACGACCCCGAACCGCAGUCCCUACCACACACCUCCCAUGCCUCCUCCGCCGUGACCCCUACCGCGCUUCCGUCGGACUUGGACGCCAAUCGAAACCCCGUCUACCCCGACCUGUUGGGUGCUCCCCCGAUUCCGCCGCCCAGGACUUCGUCCACCCAUCGAAACCACCAUGGCUCGAGUGCAAAAGCGACAGCCUCGUCCAGCGAAAGAGCAUCGAGCUCGCGUCAUGGCAAGGGCAGAGCCGAGGAUCGAAGCGCCAAUUACCGGGAGAUGGAGGGUGAGGACCUGUCGGAACGGACAGGCGCUCGCGGUCAGCCUGUCUCAUCCUCCGCUGUAGAUACACAAUCGGACGAAAUGACCGACCCGUUCCCCGACCAGGCAACCUUAGUCAAGGAGUCGAGCACCGUACUCAAUCAAUUGUUGGUGAGCGAUCCGGCCGUGGACAUUGAGCGGGAGCAGGUGCGACAGGCAGGCGCGUCAGUAUCACCAUCGACCGAGGGCGCGCCCACCUCGGGGUUGGGGCUGGUGGGAAGCGAUGGGGUCGAUGACGGAGGUCGGGGUGGGCUGCGCAGCCGCCACGAUUACAACGAAAAUGCGGCGAAGCGCAAGGAGACGACCUUCGGACAGUACAUCCUGGGUCAGACUCUGGGAGAGGGUGAGUUCGGAAAAGUCAAAUUGGGCUGGAAGAGAGACGGAACAAUCCAAGUGGCCAUCAAGCUGAUCCGCCGGGAAUCUUUGGGGUCGAAUCCGAGUCGGCUGCCCAAGAUCUAUCGCGAGAUCUCGAUCUUGCGCGACCUUUCCCACCCGAAUAUCGUCCGGCUCCACGAGAUGGUGGAGACCGAUCGCCACAUCGGUAUUAUCAUGGAAUAUGCUUCUGGAGGCGAGCUGUUCGACCACAUUUUGAACAACCGAUACCUCAAGGACAAUGCGGCCCGUCGCCUUUUCGCGCAACUGGUCUCCGGUGUCGGCUACCUGCAUAAGAAGGGAAUUGUACAUCGCGACUUGAAGCUGGAGAAUCUUUUGCUCGACCGCAAUCGCAACAUCAUCAUCACCGAUUUCGGAUUUGCCAACACUUUUGACCCCGCCGAUGAGCUGGGCGAGGAGAUCGAAUACAACCUGACCAACAAAGAUUUCGUGAAGAGGAUGCGCUUGGAUAAGCCGAACUCCAAAGGGCUGCGACGCGGUGAUUUGAUGCAGACUAGCUGUGGCAGUCCUUGCUAUGCUGCGCCGGAGCUGGUAGUCAGUGACUCGCUUUAUACAGGGCGCAAGGUCGACGUCUGGAGCUGCGGUGUGAUCUUGUAUGCCAUGCUAGCCGGCUACCUGCCAUUCGACGAUGACCCUGCAAACCCCGACGGUGAUAACAUCAACUUGCUCUACAAGUACAUCGUCACAACCCCUCUGACCUUCCCCGAAUACGUGACCCCGCACGCGCGCGACCUCUUGAGGAGGAUCUUGGUGCCUGAUCCGCGAAAACGAGCGGAUCUUUUCGAGGUUGCGCGCCACAGCUGGCUGAGCGAGUACUCACAUGUGGUGUCACACAUCACCAGCAGCACAACCAAGGUUGCCGACAUUGCCACCACUACGGUGCCUUCAGCUGAGCCCCACAAGGAAGUUCCGUUACUGGCACGGAGUGCAUCCGUUAGGGAGCCACCCAAAGCCUAUCAAAACACAGUACCGUCUGUAGGGGGGCUGAUUCAUCAUGCCGGGGAUGUGUCGCAGGACCAGCCUGCCGAAAAGACCAAGAGUUCUCGCGACACGAAACGACGGACUGUUCAGGUCGAAUACGUUGCCCCCCAGUCUCAGACAGUCAGAGGCGAGCAGUUCGCUGGUCCGCAGCAAGCUCCUGCGGAGUCGUCUGCGUUUGAACCUCAAUCGCGGAGAGCGAGAUCAGGCAGCCGAAGCGGGCCGGUCAAUAUGCCUGCAAGCACUUCGCACCAAGAUGUGCCUGGAGAAUCCAGCGCGCGGAUGGGAGAAUACAAGGCAGCCGCUGGUUCGGCUCCAGCCCCGAUAUCUGGAUACUUGCCUCGCUCGACCUCAGACACUGCGGCGCUCACGGGGCCGAUGCCCACGUCAGCCACUCAUGCUACGCGUCCCACUACUGGCGGGUCCAUGGCCUCGUUCAACGCCGGCCGCUUGCCCUCGAGGGGGUCUUACGGACAGCCUGUGGCACCGACUGUGGCAGCGACCAACGCUCAGGGCCGGCUGGCUCAGCCAAAGAGCCGGCAAUUCAGUAUCUCGGCGCCCAUGCCACAUGAUAACUCCCAGCAGUCGAUCGGUCAACCCAGCACGCAGCACCUCCCACCUAAGUUCAACACGACCCCUCGGCAAGAACCCCCCAAGGGUCACAAGAGAUCUAAUACUGUGUCCAGCAUUGGCGAGAGACUCUUUGGACGGUCCGGCUCGAUCUUUGGCGGCCGUGGAGGGCAGCCCGGUGGCUCGCGCCAGCGCAAUGGCAAGCGUUAUCCUCCCACUAGCAUGAAGGAGCCGUAUGGCGGAGACGAUACACGGAUGUCAAUGGAUUCCCGGCGCUCGAUGCAAUAUGGGUACAACCGCAAGACGACCGAGACUGGUGCCGAGAACCGACCGCGGAGGUUCUCGCUCUUGCCGCCAUCCUUCUCGCUGAAAGGCUUUUCUUCUAGCCGAUCGCAAACUCCCGACGAAGAGUCGCAAACGGAUCGGUCCACGGAGAACCGCCUGGAGCAACCUCCGUCCACUGGUGCCAUGCGAUCGCGUGCGCGCGCUACCAGUUACGGAACGCAGGAUGCAAUCGCCAUGGCGACCGACGGUGCUCCAGGGGACGAAGUCCCCACGCAGGAUGAGCCCAUCAAUUAUCAGGCCCGGAUCGAUCAGCAGUUUGCGAUCUUGCAUUCUAACCAGUCUGGUCUAUACCAGCCCACUUCGUACAGUGCGGCAUCGGCGGAGCAGGUCUAUCCGAGCGAGAACGACCACUAUUACCGGAACCAAAGCGCCAACCACUCGACGCCCAAUUACUACGAGGAUUCCACUGGGACAUUUGACAAGGGAUCCCAACCGUCAAUCCAGGCGGGUCGACCGGGACGCGGGACGGGCGUUCUGCCUAAGAACCAUCGCAAAUUCGCCGACGCUUACGAGUACGAGCGUGACUUGGCGCACCGCCCUGGUAGCUCUGGUGCCGCCAGGAAGGUGAUGGACUUCUUCCGCCGGCGAGCCAAGUCUCGGGCCGGGGACGACCGGUAG